GGGGCGGCCUCCGCCCAGGGCCGCACCGCGCGUGGGGGGCCGCGCGGCGGGAGCCCGCUGCCGGGCGGGUGGCAGGGCCGCCGGGGUUAGUCCUUCGCGGGGAGUCGCGCCGUGCUGUCGCGUUCAUUCCCUGUCCGUCCUGCGGCGAAGGCAGCUGGGCAGGCGGCGGCGCCUGGAGGGGUGGAGGGACAUGAAGCCUUUCGGGAAGGCUUUCCAGAGGAAGAGCUAGCAGACUGCACUGAAGUCAAUACAAGCUUCUGUGAGAGAAACAGCAGGGCUUGGAGGACCUGUGUUAGAGAGCAACUGUUUUCAAGUACCUGCAUUAAAUCUCAGCCGUGCUUUUCUGCCAGCUGCUGCAGAGCAGAAGAUUAGCAGAUAUGUCCACUGCGCUCAAGCAAGUCUUCAAUAAAGAUAAGACUUUCCGCCCAAAACGCAAGUUUGAACCUGGUACCCAGAGGUUUGAACUUCACAAACGAGCACAGGCGUCUCUGAACUCAGGUGUGGACUUGAAAGCAGCUGUGCAGUUGCCUAGUGGAGAAGACCAAAAUGACUGGGUUGCUGUCCAUGUUGUUGACUUCUUCAAUAGGAUCAACCUCAUUUAUGGAACUAUCUGUGAGUUCUGCACAGAGAAGACCUGCCCAGUAAUGGCUGGAGGCCCUAAGUAUGAGUAUCGGUGGCAGGACGACAUGAAGUACAAGAAGCCCACAGCGCUGCCAGCUCCCCAAUAUAUGAAUCUUCUUAUGGACUGGAUCGAGGUGCAGAUUAACAAUGAGGACAUAUUUCCUACAAAUGUAGGUGUUCCCUUUCCGAAGAACUUCCUUCAGGUCUGCAAGAAGAUACUCUGCCGACUUUUUCGGGUGUUUGUUCACGUCUACAUCCAUCACUUUGACCGUAUCAUCGUUAUGGGGGCUGAGGCCCACGUCAAUACCUGCUACAAGCAUUUUUAUUACUUUGUGACAGAGUUCAACCUCAUUGACCGCAAAGAACUAGAGCCUUUGAAAGAAAUGACAACCAGGAUGUGUCACUAAAAAGCUAUCUACUGAAGAAGAGCAAAGUCCAGUUUCUUUCUUACUGCAGAGUUCAAGAACGUGACAGCCCUUGUGGACUGAGCCUGCUUGUUAAUCCAUGAAAGCAGGGAAGAUGGAACCACAGUUAAUUUCACAAAUGCUUUCCGCCACUUUCAGUGUUCUUAGCCCUGAAUAUGCUGCUAGGAACCUCAUCUGAGCGACAUGGAUUAUUGAGAAAAAGAAGAAUCAAUUUCAUAUUAGUUCUAGCUCCUCCAUGAGGGAUAAGAACCUCUUCAGCCACAAUGACAGACCGUGCUCCUGCUGCUAAAGCUUUACUGAAAUCCAGGUCCUUGGGCUGACCUCCAGAUUAGUUGUUUUGAAAUGAAACUGUAUUGUUGUUUUCUUUUUCUUUUUUUUCUUGGUAUGUGCUUUGUUUCCAAGUGCAGCAGAAUAUUAAGAUGAUCUGGAAUUAAUCUGGAAUCGCAGAAGACGUCUAGCCUUUAAUGCCCCCCACCCCUCACCAGGCCACCCAAGGCUUGGCCAUUGUUCUCAAAGCCUUGUGUUUCCAAGCUUUGUGUUUCCAGGAACACAGCCAUGUCCUUCAGCUGAUGAGGCAGUUCGUGCUUCAUUGUGACUCCGAAUUGGGUGACAGGGGGACAGUUUCUGAUCUCAAUUACAUGAAUAGAAAUCCAGAUACAGCUCUGCAGUGUUGAAAUCUAUUCUUUGAAUUCAUUCUGUGACUGAGAGCAAAUCUGCUCAGUAUCUUUGCUGCAGUCAGCAUUUUCCUGACAUACCUGGUGAAGUACAGCAGUGUGAUUUGGUAUCCUCCGGUCCUCUUAGAAAAAGGAUCUCUCUCAUUCACCUUAAAGAUUCAUCUUUUCAGGGAAAAAUAAACUUAAUUUUAGUUACUGUUUUUAAAUGUAGUUACUUCCUGGAAGGAAGAUAGAACAAAGAUGUGUAACAUAAAGGUUAGAGCAGGAGGGACAAAGUGAAGGUCUCUGUUGCGUCUGAACAGUGUCCAGCAGUGUGGCUUGCUUUCCUCAAUGCGGUAACACAAAAUUUUUUUGCAAUGCUCAGUCCAACUUAACAAAUUCAUGUAUGGACAGCCUGGAAGGAUGCAUUGCAGUAAGUCAAGUCUUCUAUGCCAAAUACGCCCUGAUAAGAGGCUUUCUUCUAAAAUACAAAAAAGAAAAAUUAAAAAUAAUAUUAAAGCAAUACUUCACAGAGAGAUCACAAGAGACAUACAGCUGAGUAAAUGGAAUCAAGUGGAACACACUUACAUAUUUUGUGCCUUCUAAUGAAUUUUGCACACUUGUGUUAUUGUGAAAGAUUAUUCCUUCCUGAGUAAGUGCUGAACUCUGUUGCUGCCUUCUUCUCAAGUGAGUUAGGUAUGUUUACAUCUUCUGAGACAGUAUCAGGAGCAAAUCUCACAGGUCAUGCAGUGACUGGAACAUUUAAAAUGAAGGGGUAGCAGGCACUAAAGAGUAACAGCAAACCUUUUCUAGCUCAUAGUGUGGUAUGUUCUGAUUUGCUUGCCUGCUUGCUUAAAACAGGGCUUGUAAAUGUUAGUGAUUGUGUCCUUUCCAGGACAAAGGGCUUUUGUCUGGGAACAUUCCGUGUAGCUAGGGUGAAGGCUUUUCUGCAUCUUUGAAUUAUGAAAGCAGCAUUAUCCUUUGCUUUCAAGGGGAUGGACUGACGUGUUCCUACCUCCUUUGGUGGCCUUUGCAAUCAGGUUAAUUCUUUGGGGAUUGGAAUGCGCACACAGAUAACUUCUGGCCUGCUGGCACUUUUGCAGGAUACAACUAGCUCAUGGAAUUCAUUGCCAUAGCUGCUGCCAAACUUAGUUGCCUAAUUUUAAAGAUGAGAAAUGUUACAUCCGUGGAAGAACGUACAUGGUACAUGUGGAUGACGGCUGCCUGGAAUUACAACAUCAGUUGCAUACAAAAAGUUUUCUUGAACUCCUCCAAAGUGCCUGGGCUGUUGCACUGUUGGUGCUGGAGCUGUAGCUGGUACAGUGCUCUUGAAUUUCAGUGUGGUCAGUUGCCAUCUGCUGUUCUUGUGGCUGGGCAGUACUGCAGUACUGUAUUUUAAAGAUUAACACAACGACGCAAAUGUGUGAAAUUUUGUGCAUAACGAUCAAAGUCACUACAUAAAUUGAAAACCAUGGUAUUAUAUGCAUAAAAUAACUUAUUCUUCAUUUUAUUAUGCUACUUACCAUAUGCUGUUUUGAGUCUAUUUACUGUAGCCAUCUGAAGAUGAAGUAGAAUUUGUUCCCAGUUACUUUGGAUUAUAUUUUAAUAACCUUUUUGUGAAUGUGUCAAUUUUGUGAAUGCAAAACUUACCUGUUGGAGUAUUUUCCUUCUUCUAAAACUGUUUGUCAUAAACUCUUGUGUUUCCUUUUCUAGUACAGCACACUGUAUCAGGCAAAGGAGGGAAAUGCAGAGUUUACGCUAGAGGAUUUGUGUUUGACCUGGCCAAAAUUCCUGUAGUUGGAAAAGCCCAUUACAACCCAGGAGCUGAACCAGCCACAAAGAAGUGCAAAAUGUACUUGUUAUUCCGCUGGGAAGAACAUUGAGAUUGCUAGGUGACAAAAUAAACUUCCUCUGAAUGGUAGAGUUUCACCUUUGGCUAAAUACGCCUCCAAACAGGUACGCUUGCUUCCACAGCAGAGAUGUUCAGCCAAAGCCAGCCCAUCUCAUGCUGUAGGCCAUUUCUCUUUUCCUGUGCCUGGUAUGUGGUAUGCCAAUAAGAAUAAUGUCUGGAAAGCAGCAUCACGAUGAAAAAGUAUCAUAUUAUCCCUUCCCAUAGAGGAUAGAGGCGCAGCGUCCUACUGGAUCUCAUGCUCAAGGAUUCCAGCUACAUCAAUAAUUGGCUCUGGGCCACAUCUGGACAGAAUUUUGUUUUCAUUGUUAACUGCAGGUCCUGAUUUAUGUGAUUCCUCAGGAUAUGUAAUGAGAACUGACUUUAAACAUGAUUGUAUGCAGAGGCACCAUUUUCACCUACUGAGAAAAACUUUCUACUUGAUCUUACUAAUUGUAUAUGUUCCUAAUCAUUCCAGCAUUCCAUAUGGUUCUGGGAUUGCAGGAGGGGGACAUUGUUGUUUGGGUUUGUUCAUUUGGUUUGGUUUGGUUUUAUUCACCUUUCUACUUUUUCAAUCAGGUUUUCUUGCCUAAAAAACAAUUAUUUUACUCUUGUACUUGUCUUAAGAUAUGCUGUUAGUGUUAAGUUUCAAGGCACUGUAAGACGGAUCACUUCAGCUGACUGAGACCACAGCUUUAUUUCAGAGUGUGAAGAGUUCCUGUGAUACCAAACUGCCUUCGGUGAUUAAAGACAUAAUAGCUUUCAUUGAUUGUCUCUGUAAUAAGGGAUUUUGCAGUGAACUUCUGCUUUGUAUGAACAUAGACUAGUGUCACAGUAGUCAUAAAUGCAACAUAAAACAAAUCUUAAUGUCACCUCCCUUUCAGUGUUAUGAAGGAUGGAGUUCCGGGGUCUAUCAAAGGGGGUUUUUUUACUGAUACUCAGCAGUGAAAUUGAUAUUUUCCAUCAGAUUUGAGAGAAGUUUGGUACUUAAGAAAACAGGAGUUUUCUCCAAAACCUCAAGCUCUAAGCAGCAAAAUGUGCACCAGACAAGGUACUUGAUUCUCCUGACCGAUGGAUUCGUUAAGAACAAGGUAGGGAAAGAGGAGGAGAGCAGUUAACGUGUAACUCUGUAGGGACCUACAGAAAACUACUUAAGAUGUGCAGAAGCCUAAGGGGUAAACACUGUACCAGUGAUCAUGUGUGAGAAAAUUCCUGGAGCAAUGUGGAAAGGACACAGAGAACAGUACCCUUUGUAGUCAGGAAGCCACUAUUACGAAGUCACUACUAACAAUAGUCUAGGAGGGUCUUUCAGCACCUUUGUACUUUGGGUUGAAUAAAUUACACAUCCUGGAGCCUUCUCACAAAAAGCGGUUCCUUUUCUUACCUUUUUCCCAUGUUCUUCAGGUUUCUCACAUUUUCAGGGAACGGGGUCUCAGAGGUGGCCUUCUGCCUUUUAAUCUUCUUUUUGCUUUCCCAAGGACAAUGUUGUUACGAAAACCAGCUUUCUCACCUCUCUGUGCCUCCAAAAAGGAUAUCGCUCACCUGCGCGCUCCGAAGAGAGACCAACAAGGGUUGAGUUUGCAUUAUGUCUUCAGAAGAGCAGAAGCAGAGAGCAGGAGGUACCUGUCACCACCGCAAAACAGGAUGCACUGUGUCUAAAAAAGAUGCGUGCUUGCUAUCGCUUAACAUGCUUUGACUGCUUUAGAAAGCGGAUAACACUGAGGGAUGCGGUAUAGACAAGUGGUCAGCGUUUAGACAUUUUUUCCUAUGUAUUGGAAGAAAUGAAAGACUUUCUUAAAUAAUUAUGGAGAAUAUUCCAAGGGCAAAUAAGCCAUAUCAGUAGUAAGAACUGGUAGUCGUAUACAUUUAAAUCUGAAAUUAUCAAACUUGAUUUUUCAUGUAUUUCAUGCUCAGUAGAGAGUGGUUUUCAAGGUUUAGCCAAAUAAGUUUGAGCUAUUAAAGUAGUUGUUUCUUUUCUGUUUUAAUAAGUUUUCCUGUUUAAAAGACAGAUCUAAUAUAAUGAAGAGCUAAAAUAAUAUCCUCCCAGGGAAAAAAAAAUAAUUAGUUGUCCAGUCUAAUACAUGUGUGUGCUUGUAUGUGCAUGCGCAUAAAUAUAUAUAUGUUUGGGUGGGGAUAUGCAUAUGGAAGUGUCUGUGUGUGCGUAUGUACAGUGUGUGCAUAUGUACACACCCUGCUAUCCUCCACAGAACACACUUUUUCAUUUUGAUAGUUUUUAGUGGGGAUAAGUCUUUCUAAGAAUUAAGUGGUCAAUUCCUUUUCCAUGUUUCUUCAAUGCAUCAGUGCUGUUUGGAAUAGUGUCAGGUGUGUCUUAGGCUCUUUUGGUCCUGUUUGUUAUUGAAUGGUGGUUCAGCUGUAUGGGAAGAGAGACUGAUGCUAACUGUUGUAGUCAUUAAAAGAAAGAUUACUUUUCAAAUCAAUCCUAGUAGAUGAAGCAAUGAAAUCCAAAUAUGAAUAAAAGAAACUUAACCUUGCA